GUCGCCACUGCUUCAAAGUAACUAGUCAAGCUUCAAUCCGACUCGUUCACACAUACUUCCUGGGCUGCAUCCCAUGGAAAGACAGGGAGAAGAAGACGACGACGACAUAGUUUGCUUAGACGCAUCGUUUUUCAUCGACGACAAUUACCAGCUCACCACUUUCACAUUUGGGUCUCAAGUUCUUCAACUCCUUUGCCUCCAAUCUGCUUCCACUGAUUUUGAUCUUACAGGGCAAUUGGUGUGGCCAGGGGCGAUGCUGAUGAAUGAUUACCUCUCUAAGAAUGCAGAUAUUCUGCAAGGCUGCAGCGUUAUCGAGUUAGGGUCUGGGGUAGGUAUUACUGGGAUACUAUGCAGCAGAUUUUGCAGAGAAGUUGUUUUAACAGACCACAAUGACGAAGUGCUCAAGAUCUUGAACAAAAAUAUAGAGCUACAUGCAUCAUCUGAUAAUCCUGAAUACUGUGCUGGAUUAGCAGCUGAGAAACUAGAAUGGGGAAAUUCUGAGCAGAUCUCCCAGAUUUUACAAAAGUAUUCAGGAGGGUUUGACUUGAUUCUUGGAGCUGAUAUAUGCUUUCAGCAGUCAAGCAUUACUCCGCUUUUUGACACGGUGGAAAAACUUCUUCGAGUUAGAAAAGAAGGAAUGUGCAAAUUCAUACUAGCCUAUGUGUCGCGUGCUAAGACCAUGGAUACAUUGGUCAUUAGUGAAGCGACACAACGUAAGAUGCAGAUUAAUGAAUUAGUUGGGACUCGAUCUGUUGUUGGAAAUCUUGAAGGAGUCAUCUAUGAGGUGAACCUAUAGAAGAACCUUGGCAUCUCAUAUGAAAUCUUGAAGGUAUCUUCUAUGAGGUGAACCUAUAGAAGAACCUUGGGAAACUCUCAUUCACAUUUUACUGUCUAAGGAAAUCACAAGAAAGCUCCAGGUGUUCUCUUCUACCAAACCAGACUUGGAAAAUUUACAUUUUCAAUUUCCCUUUUGAGACAGAUGGGUGUUUGCAAGUGGUUCAACAUUAGAAAGUGGUUCAACAUUUUGCCAAAUAUCUUUUAGUCAGGAUUUGUUUGUUUUGUGGUUUAAUGAUUCGAAGUGAUUCCAAAUCUUAAUGUUUUAAACUCAUGUGCACGAUAGAGUUGAAGUAUGAGUUAUUUAUCCAUUUGGACUCAGAUUUAUUUCAAGGCAGCUUAUUGCAGCCUUUAUUUGUCUGUACUUUUCCUUUAUUGGCAUAAAUGAUCAGAGAUUUUAUAUUUUCUUGAAA